UUCUCUCCAACAGAUGAAGAAGCAACAGCAGGAAGUCAUGCAAUAUUUGGAAGCCCACAAUAUUGACUGUGAAGUAGUGGAUAUUACCAUGUCAGAAGAGAAAAGGCAAUGGAUGUACAAAACUAUCCCAAAAUGCAAAUGGCCUGAGCAUGGCAAUCCUUUACCACCACAAAUAUUUUAUGGCGAUACCUACUGUGGGGAUUAUAAUGAUUUUUUUGAAGCCAAGGAAAGUAAUACAGUAUCUUCCUUCCUACGGAUAAAGUCAAAAUCUGCAGCAAGGAAAGAAGAAAUGUAG